CAAUAUUUGACAAGUUUUCAACAGGUCCAUUCUUCCUAGUUGAUAAGUUGUAGUGCUUUAUUGGCAGUUUCCGAUUGAAAAUUAUUUUAUUACUGCAUAUUUGAAAUGGCUAGUUUUCUACGAGCUACGCGAUCACUGUGCGUUUACUCGCGUAAAUACAGUUCCAAAAUACAAGAUGUUGUAAUUGUCUCCGCUGCCCGCACACCAAUCGGAAGUUUUCAAAGUCAAUUAGCGCCUUUGUCAGCAACGCAACUGGGAGCAGUAGCAGUCGAGGCUGCAGUACAGCGAGCUGGGAUCAGUAAGGAACAAGUGGAUGAGGUGAUUAUGGGCAAUGUCGUGUCUGCGGGCUUAGGUCAGGCACCGGCACGUCAAGCUGCAAUUUUCGCCGGCCUACCGAAGAACGUGUGUUGCACAACAGUGAACAAAGUGUGCUCCUCUGGCAUGAAGGCGGUCAUGCUGGGAGCACAGUCGCUGAUGCUCGGACAGGCAGAAAUAGUUGUUGCAGGUGGUAUGGAGUCAAUGUCGAAUGUGCCAUAUUAUAUGAAACGUGGACCCACACCCUAUGGGGGCAUUCAAUUGAUCGACGGCAUUGUCUUUGAUGGUCUCACUGAUGUUUACAACAAGUUUCAUAUGGGUAACUGUGCCGAAAAUACAGCCAAGAAAAUGGGAAUAAGUCGUCAGGAACAAGAUGACUUUGCCAUCCAAUCGUAUAAGCGCUCAGCACAAGCAUGGACUGAAAAGGCUUUUGAUGCUGAAAUAGCGCCGGUAAAAAUACAAUUGAAACGUAAACCUGAGGUAGUUAUAUCCGAAGACGAGGAGUAUAAGCGCGUUAAUUUCGAUAAAUUUGGUCAACUGGCUACGGUGUUUCAGAGAGAGAAUGGUACUGUUACAGCUGGCAAUGCUUCCACCUUAAACGACGGUGGUGCUGCCACUGUGCUGAUGACUGCUGAAGCGGCACAGCGAUUAAACCUGAAACCUCUUGCACGUAUUGUUGCCUUCCAGGAUGCCGAAACGGAUCCAAUUGAUUUUCCUAUUGCUCCCGCGUUUGCAGUGCCGCUUUUAUUGAAGCGAGCUGGCGUGAACAAGCAAGAUGUUUCAAUGUGGGAAAUCAACGAAGCUUUCUCGCUGGUAGUUUUGGCCAAUAUAAAAAAAUUGGACGUCGACCCAGCUAAGGUGAACAUACAUGGCGGUGCUGUGUCUAUAGGCCAUCCAAUUGGUAUGUCUGGCGCUCGUUUGGUGACACACUUGUCACAUGCGCUGAAGCCCGGCGAAUUUGGAUGUGCCUCUAUAUGUAACGGUGGUGGCGGUGCGUCCUCCAUUCUUGUGCAGAAAUUGUAAAUGGAAUCGUCAAGUGGCGAAAAUUCGAAAAACCAAGUGUGCAUUUAUUUUUUAUACAUUUUUUAUGAAAAUUCGUUUUAAGUGAAAAGCUAUUAAUAUUGUAAUACAUAUAUAAAAUGUGUUAUAUUCUGGAAGAAAAUUAUCAUGAUUGUUUAAAAUAUGCUAAAUAAAAAUUUUGCAGAGCAAUGAA